UCCCAGCGCGCGAAGAGAAGGAGCAUAGGUAGACUCGAUCCGAAAGUCAGCACCGCGCCGCUCACCAGUCAGCUCCGAGCGUCCCGCGAGAGCGAACCUUUUCCCCUCGUCGUCGUCGUCGCGUUGUUCGCUCGCCUUUCCCCCGCGCAAUAAUAAACAAACUACCGCAUCGCAAUACGAAAAAAAUCCAAACACACAACGCGCUACAACGAUCGUGCGAUACAGAACGCGAGUGAAGUCGUGCGCGAAGCCGAUCAGUUUCCGAAGUUGGUGCGGUGAAUGUAAGAAAGAGGUUAUAAUAAAAGCUGUGCGAGGGAAAGAGUGUAUCGAAGAGGGUCCAUCGGAGGACCAAAGAAACAGUGGAGAAGGAGCAGACGAAGAGGACACGAGGUUGGACUAUACCAAACACGGCGGCGCUUUUGCAGGAUCACGAAUGGUUAACGACGUGAUGAGCGAGUACGAGUGGAUCAAGCGUUCGUGCUUGAAACGAGGCGAGCUAUGGGAGGAUCCAGAGUUUCCUGCGACCCAAGCAUCGGUCUUCUAUCAUCAGACGCCACCGUUUCAGUUCCAGUGGAAACGACCCCGGGAGCUCUGUAACCGGCCGAUUUUCGUCAGUGACACACCAACGCAGUUCGACGUGAUUCCCGGCAAAUUGGGCGACAAGUGGCUGGUCUCCUGCCUCGGAGUCUUGCACUUGAGCAAGGGUCUGUUCUACCGGGUGGUACCAGCUGAUCAAGGCUUCGGAAGCAUCAGCAAUGGCGGCGUGAACGAACCUCCGAGUUCACCGAGUGCCGAGUACGCCGGGGUCUUUCGCUUUAGACUCUGGUGGUGCGGGGCCUGGGUCGAGGUACUCGUCGACGAUCGACUGCCCGCCGUUCACGGAAGACUGGCCUUUGUUCAGAGCCGACACAGCGAUCAGUUCUGGCCGGCGCUGCUCGAGAAGGCCUACGCCAAACUACACGGCUCGUACGAAGCGCUCAAAUACGGCACACUUCUGGACGGUCUGUCGGAUCUGACGGGCGGCAUCACCGAGAGCAUAGCUAUCCGCCAGGAUCCUACCGGUUGCGGCCGUGCACUUGCCAAGCUCCUCGACAUGACGUCCCUCAUUACCUGCACCGUAAACAACAGUCAGCAGCAGAUGCGAGCGAGCACGGAAAAACUGGCCAACGGCAUACAGAUGGGAAUCAAUUACAGGCUUUACGCGAUAGAACGAGUGGAGAGCUUCAGCGGCGAGGCGGUCCAGUUAGUGAAGCUACGCAACCCCUUGGGCCCAGGCGGCGAGUACGUGGGCGCUUGGGCCCGAGGCGGCCUCGAGUGGGACGAGGUUCCGCCUGUCGAGCGCGACAGACUCGCCGUGCGCAACAUGGCCGAGGGUGAAUUCUGGAUCUCGUACUCGGACUUCGUCAAGACGUUCACGCACCUCGAGGUCGUCCACCUCGACGCGGAAACGUCCCGCGACGAGCCUUCCCUUCACAGCAAACACACCUGGCAGAUGAAGCUCUACCAGGGAAGCUGGAGGAGAGGCGUCACCGCCGGCGGCUGUCGUAACAAUCAAGAAACCUUCCACAUCAACCCACAGCUGCAUCUCAUACUCAGCGAGAUGGAGGAGGUCGUCGUGUCCCUGAACCAGCACUCCAUCAUGGAACCAAAGGUCAUCGGUUUCACGGCAUACGCGCUGCCGAAGAACAGCACCGAGUCCAUCAACAAGCAGUUCUUCAAGAAGAACAAGUCCCUGAUCAACUCGCAAUACACCAACAGCCGACAGGUCAGUCACAGGUGUCAGCUGGACCAGGGUGGUUACCUCCUCAUACCGACGACCUUCGAGCCCAUGCAGGAAACGAGUUUCACGCUGCGCGUCUACAGCAGCAAACCGCUCAAGCUCAAACUACUCGACACGCCGCCGUCGCUGCUCAAGUCGGCGAUCGUUAAGGCACCGCCUCUCGAGGGCAAGGGCUUUUCCCAGUACGAGGCGGUCUUCCUCCAGCUCGCCGACGAGCACCGGACGGUCAACGCCUUCGAGCUUCAGGAGCUACUCGAGGCUUGUCUGCCUAAUGAUUAUAUCAAGAGCUGCGCCUGCAUGGACGUCUGUCGACAAGUCAUUCUUACAAUGGAUAGCACGGGAAGCGGGAGAAUGAAAUUCAACGAUUUCAAAGAUCUCAUGUGCAGCCUCAAGUUCUGGCAAACGGCUUUCAAGAACCAUACGAAGGAGAAAACUGGAAUUCUGAAAGCUGAAAGACUUCGGGAUGCGCUGCUCGAAGUUGGUUUCCAAUUGAACACAGACGUCCUGUCUAUCGUCAUCCUGCGGUAUAUGAGAAAAGACGGAACCCUGAGAUUCGGUGAUUUCGUUGCCGCCAUCCUACACUUGAACGACGCAUUUGCAAUAUUUGAAAGCAAAGAUCCACUUCAAAAUGGCACUAUAAAGCUGAGUUUGGCCGAGUGGCUCCGAUCAUCGCUCAUGUGCUGACUUAUUGUUGACUCUUUGAUUGUUGUACUUUGACCGUUUGUAAAUAAUCCAUCGUAAAUCAUCAUGCGCGUGUAAAACAUUAGCCAUACUAACGAUUAACGUAGCCUUAUUCCAUUGUAAUAUAAUCAUCAUUUUAUACAUUCAUUCUAACUUUAAGGAAAUUUGUAUAAAAUCUUUGUAUCUAUAAUGAGAUUAUUAUACGUAUAGUAUGGUAAUAAAAUUUAGUCUAUUUUGUACGCCUUUAUCUGCUAUAAGUUUGUAGUUAUUUCUACUGCGUUGAAAAUGCGAGAAAAAUUUGUUGUGCAAUAGGAUAUGCGUAGUAUCGAUGUAUGAACAAUUCUACGAAAAUUCUGACUUUUCAAAACGAAAAUAGUUACAGUUUCAGGCAAAGAUUGCCCGUAGAACUGCUUAUGUAAGCGGCAAGCGUAGUCAUUUUAGUAGUGUUUUAGUUUCACAAAUCUGUAAUAAUUUGUAAUAUGCGAUCAUUUUUAAGAGUCCAUUGUUAAUGAAAUUACGCUGAUUUUUACAAAGACAGAAGAAUCAUAAGAAACAUAUUAUUUCAUGCUUCAUGAAAAUACAAAAUUUCUUUAUUUAUCAAAAGGUAAUUUAAGUAGUCGUUAAUACAUACAAUUUACAUUUUAAGUCUUCGACGAUAUUUUGAUUUUAUGUUUACGUGUAUUCAUAAUUUUGAGAUCAUUGUGUUACAUGAAUUCAAUCGACGGUAGAAGUAAAUAAAAUUUACUUCAUUGCAAGUCUGUAGUCAUUCAAUAUCUAUUAAAAAGUUUUUUCUCUCA